AUGCAGGAACUUGGUAACAUCCACCGGUUACAGGAGCCGAGCAGGAUACAGGUAGCAAAAGGCAAAAGAGUAGUCAUUACACGGAGCCGAGGACAGGAUAAUCAAAACAAGCCGGGGGAAACGCAGGAGAUAGACAGGAACUUCAAAAGAGCCAGAGACCAUGCAGUCUGUGUUCAGGAAACCUGCCAGUGGCUACAGGCGUUGAGGGACUUCAGUAGAACAGCGGUUCGGGCGGACGGAAGGCCUUUCUACCUUUGGUACGCGCAUGUCCGCAUCUUUCUUUUUGCCAUUGAACAAAUUAAUAACUAUACAAAUAUUUUACCAAAUAUCACGCUGGGAUACCAUCUUUAUGAUUCUUGCUUAGAUACAAGGAAGGCUGUAAAAAGCAUUUUACAAAUUUUAUCUGGACCUGGGAAGACUAUCCCCAAUUAUUCCUGUUCUGAACGUGGGAAGGUGGCUGGUUUUAUUGGAGAUCACUAUUCAGUCACCACUGUGCCCAUAGCGCAAAUACUCGGGAUAUAUGGUCAUACACAGAUCAGCUAUGGAGCCACAGAUUAUUCAUUAAGUGAUCGACGUGUCUACCCGCACUUUUUCAGGGCACUUCAGAAUGAACGCGUCCAUUUCUUAAUAAUAUCCGACCUUCUGAAACACUUUGGCUGGACCUGGGUUGGAAUAUUUACAUCGGAUGAUGACGGUGGAAAUCAACAGAGUCUUAUUUUAACCAAAUAUCUCAAUGAUCAGGGUAUUUGUGUUGCCUACACAAUACAUAGCAACAAGGGCAUCAAAAACGAUUUACAUCACAUCAGUGAAACUGUUAGAAAAUCUUCUGCUCAAGUUAUUGUGAUUUGUGGACCCUUAACAUAUGCUUCUAUUAGCACACUGCUUGUCUUAAAAGAUAUUUUUCACAGUAAGACACUAAUUCUUCCCCCUUCUUCGGCUUCAAAGACAGAAGUGUUUCUGACUAAUAUCGGCACAUUUAAUGGCAGUUUGGGUAUUGAACACUCUCCUAUAUUUUUUUCUGGAACCGAAAAUUAUUUCAAAGAUAUCAAACCUUCUAAAUUCCUGAACGAUGGACUACUUGCAGAUAUUUAUUCCCUAUAUUUCAAAUAUGCCGUCAAUCGCAAUAUUCAACAAUAUGCACAUGAUUGA